AGGGCGUCGGAAAAUCAUAAACACGCUUUUUUGACAGCUGCACUAGUUUGUUUAUGUUUUUUGUGUUAAAAAAGUAAGUGAAAUUAUGAGUUCUGGCGGAAAAACUCAGUGUAUUAUAUAUGGAGUGAAUAAUGUCGUGGAGAAGGCUAUAGAACAAAUGAAGAAUAAUGAAUUACUUUGGAACACAAGACAUCCCAAUUUCUUCAAGGUUGAAAGGAAGAAAUUAUUGGAAAAAUGUGCAAAGCAAAUUGGCAUUCCCGAUGCUAGACUUGCAGAAGUUAUUUCUUAUAUAAAAAAGAAAUAUAUUCUGGAGGAUAGAAAAAAGAAGGAAGCUGAGAAAAAUGGUAUUGGUUCCGAUGAUUACAAAAACUGGAAGUGGUAUGAUCGGUGCGCUUUCCUUCGAAACUGGAACCAUAACAAAUCUUCUCGAAUAAAUCCCAAGUUCACUAUAUCAUGGGAUAAUUCUACUGCGCGUCCGCCUGAUUCUUCAGAAGCUACAUCAACAGCAUUGAAGUCAUAUUCAAGGACAAGGAAAUCACUUCUUAAAACUGAAUACAAUUCACCUGAAGUAAAGUUUUCUGAUCCUUCUGGUUCAUUGGUUUCGACUUCAGAAGUCUUAAUUGCGGAUCAAAAUCCAGAAUUUCAUUGCAAACUUGAAGAUGAGACUGAAGAUUUAUCUCAGGAGAGAAAUAAAGAAGUGGAUAUUAGUGAAACAGAUCCUCAAAAGGACAAUACAAUAGACACUCCUACAGAUACUGCAAGUGAAGGUGAACCUGAGGAUCCCAUUGCAACCAGAUCACCUCCAGAUCAAAGUUCCUCGACAUUUAGUGAAGAAAAAAGGAAAUUUUUAAUUGAUGCUGUACGUUCUUCCAUUGCUUUCCAAUUGUCCAAUGAGGAACUCUCGGAACAUGAUUUAGUGGCAUUCCACAGCGACAUAAUAAUGUACAUGCAUUCUUACUUUAACGACAAGACAAAAUGAAAUACAUGACUUAUUUCUCAAAA